GCCGGGCCCCGCCUGUUUCCUCUGGCCUGGCACCUUCCAGCCCGGCGGCCACUAGCCAUUAGUAACCCGGGGCUCCACUGCUCGAAGUGCAAACGGACCCCACCCGCCGCGUCAUCCGCCUGUGCCGGUUUCCCGCAAGUCAGCGCGUGACGUGGUGGCAGCUGUUGGUUCCAGAGCCAAGGCUGCUUCCAGUUGUUUGCCUGUCUGUCAUAACCGCAAUAUCUCGAGGCAUGGAAGUGCUCCAGGCUGUUUCUGGUCACCGACGGCGAUCACAAAGGUGCAGAAGCAGAGUCACUCAGUUGGGCGCUGUCUCGUCUCAUGUGACCUCGAGACCCGGCCCACCUGGUGAUGCGUGCGUGCUCCGUUACACAGCACCGUUGUGGCCUGAGCCAUUCUCCAGCUGGCCACCUGCAGCAGCCAACGGGGCCGACAGCCAUCUUCUGCCGAGCCUCUUCAUCCUCACAAGUGCUCAUCAAUCCGGCAAAAUGGUCGACUUGCCGCAACGUCACUGCUCCCAGGAGCCGGCCGAGGAUCCUUCCUCCUUCUCAGUGAUCCCUGAUCAUCGUCGCCGACCACAGACCCCUACUCUAGGUCCCCCCACACAUCCCCGGCUUCACGGCGCUGUGGGCUGCCCUCCGCCACCCCACGACACCAUGCCAAGCGCUGCCCAGCAGCGGAUUGGGCCACGGCCUGGCCGCACUGCUUUCCCCAGUAAAGCAGUGCCGCAAAGACGGAACCCGGCACGGCGUGUCCGACAUCUUCGGCUCGGAGCGCCGUGAGAUCGGCAGCAGUCGUGUCGACUCUCGCACCGCGAACAAGAUGCCGAGACACGGCGAUCUCAGCUUGACUAGAGGCAAAGGAAUGCUUGUGCGACCACCUAGGUAGCGUACUGACGCUGACCUCACGUGCUGCGUUGUUGUAAUUUGGCUUACUCAGAGCUGCAUUUUGCACACCCGCAGUAUCUCAAGGCAUGAGGCACCACCAUCUUCCUUAGCAUGCCACUUCUGCAUUGUAUGUUGAGGAGCCAGAUUUCUUCCUCCUGACGUG